GCCCUGCUUGGUGUGCAGGCCGCGGGCAGAGGGCCUUUCUUCAGGCGCCUGUGAGGGGGCCGGCGGCCCUGGCUGGAGGGGAGCGGGGUCCUGGGCCGGGAGCACCUGGGCUGAGGUGGCUGUAGGUGCUUUUGUGGUCCCUGGAAACUGCUGUCACUGCUGCCAGCUGCUAGAUGUGCCUGCCGAGCCCACCCAUGCCAGCGCUCGUCUCUGCAUGCCGGGCAGUUCUCCGGGGAACGCUCAGAAAUCCUCCUCCCAGUCCUGUGAAGCAGUAGCCUGGCUGUCCUCUGAUCUCUCUGAAGGCUUUCUCAGAAAUUACCAAGCUUCCUCAUUCUUUAUUCUGCAAACCUUUCCUUCCAUCACUUAGCAUCCUUCUUCAAAUCACCCCACGUCACAUCCAACAGACUACAAACCAGUGGGUAAGAUAGGAGAGGGAACAUUUUCUGAUGUUCUGAAGAUACUGAGUCUUAGGGAUGGAAAGUACUAUGCAUGUAAACACAUGAAGCAACAUUUUGAAAGUUUGGAACAAGUUAAUAAUCUGAGAGAAAUACAAGCACUAAGGAGGCUGAGUCCACAUCCUAGUAUCCUUACGUUACAUGAAGUUGUUUUUGAUAAAAAAGCUGGCUCCCUUUCACUGAUAUGUGAACUUAUGGACAUGAAUAUUUAUCAGCUGAUAAAAGGAAGGAAAAAGCCAUUAUCUGAAAAAAAAAUUAAGAACUACAUGUACCAGUUAUGCAAAUCUCUUGAUUACAUACAUAGAAAUGGGAUAUUUCACAGAGAUGUGAAACCAGAGAACAUAUUAAUAAAGCACAAUACCCUGAAGUUGGGAGAUUUUGGAUCUUGUAGGAGUAUCUAUUCUAAGCAGCCACAUACAGAAUAUAUCUCUACACGCUGGUACCGAGCACCUGAAUGCUUACUUACAAACGGCUACUAUAAUUACAAAAUUGAUAUAUGGAGUGCUGGCUGUGUUUUCUAUGAAAUCACAAGUUUUCAGCCUCUCUUUCCUGGAUCUAAUGAGCUGGACCAAAUUUCAAAAAUCCAUGACAUUAUAGGCACUCCUGCUAAUGAAACUCUGCACAAGUUCAAGCGGUCAAGAUUUGUGACUUUUGAUUUUCCCUUUAAAAAAGGGAAAGGAAUACCUCCUCUGAUGCGGAAUUUAUCUCCCAAAGGCUACUCUCUCCUGUAUGCAAUGAUAACAUAUGAUCCUGACGAGAGAAUUGCUGCUCAUCAAGCAUUACAGCACCCUUACUUUCAAGACGUAUGGGCAGCUGGUACACAAGAUUUGGCCAAGCACAAAAAAUUAAGAUUAUUAGGAAAUACAGCAGGGCAAGCACCUCUGCACUGGUGGCAAAUUUCAAAGGAAAGCCAAAGACAGCGUUCUCUUAGGAAAGUCCAGGAAAACACAAAACAACGUGGACCUCCUGGUGGAGAAUUACCAAAAUUAAAUGCUUCUGGAUUAGCCAAAGUCACUUCCCAUUCUUCUCCUGUCUUGCACUCGGUUUUCCAGACGCCGAAGGAAAGUGGUGACACCCCCGUGUUACAGUCCGUUAGAUUUAUUGGAUCAAACAUCGAGUCUGAGAAACAGAAGGCACUUAAGUCUUCCCCGAAAUAUUUCCACUUACCCGCUAUAGAACGAAGAGGAGGCGGCCACUGAGCACCUUGUAAAGUAUUUGGAGAGUGAGGAAAAGCAGGACUGUGCAGUGAGAGUCCAGUCACGCUGCGGUUGGCAGAGCUCCAACAAGAGCUGCUGUGCCUUGUUUCCUGUUCCUCUCACAGUUCGUAGGAAGACCCACAAGGCUCUGAAGGCUGCUUACCUCCCAUUUCGGCAUUCUGUUCCAAAGGGUAUCAAUCCUUAAUUAAAGCAUUGUCUGGUGGAGCUCAGAGAGCGCUCAGGAUUGAACUUCCUAAGUAUUUUUUCCUUUUAGAACCUGGUGGAGGAGGAGGUUGGUUAAAAAUAACAUGAAAGGAUUCUUUGAGCUUCACUAUUAGGAAUGGAAUGUUAUCUACAAAAUGUAAGUUUCGUAUUUUAUAAUAAAUGACAGCUAACUUUUGUA